AUGCGUUCCACCUUUCUUUCUCUGGCGCUUUUGCCGUUCUACGCGAUCGCUCAGGACCCAGCUAUUCCCGAUGCUGCUCCUACAACCACCACUUCCGAUGCCUUUGUCGCUCCUGUCGUUGACGUCUCCACUGAUGUCGGUGUAGAGCAGCAGCCUACAACGACUGAUGCCAUCGUCGCGCCCGUUGUUCAAGACACAACCACUCAACAACCUAUCAUCCAGGACACUACUACACAACUGCCUGUCCCCGUCCAAGACACCACCACUCAGCAGCCUAUCAUCCAGGACACCACUACACAAUUACCGGUCCCCGUUCAAGACACUACGACAGAGCUGCCGCCUCCUGUUGUGGACACCACAACUGGGCCAGCUCCCGUCAUUGACACCACCACACAGCCCAUCAACGAGACUCCGGGCCCAGAGACUACUCAGGAUGUCGCCGAGACCACUGGAACUGAGUUGCCCGUGAUCCCAGACACAACCACCCAAUUGCCCGUAGUUCAGGAUACUACAACUCAGGCACCCGUGAUUCAGGACACGACAACCGAUGUUCCUGUGAUCCCCGACACCACGACUGAGUUGCCUGUGGUCCAAGACACAACUACCCAGUUGCCUGUGGUUCCGGACACCACAACUGAUCUACCUGUGAACCAGGAUACGACGACUGAUGUGCCUGUGAUCCAAGACACGACCACUCAAUUGCCUGUCAUUCAAGACACUACAACUGAGGUGCCUCCUCCUGCCGAGACCACUACCCAGCAGGCUCCUAUCCAAGAGACAACAACAGCCGCCCAGCAGCCUGCCGAGACCACUCAAGCCCAGGAUCCUCAACCCACAACCAAGGCUGAGGAGAACGAGCCUAAGACUACUGAGAAGAAUGAUGACGACCCUGUCAUCACACAAGCCCCUGUCCCCACAACCGCACCACCUGAAGCCACCUCCAGCGUCUCCUCUGUCUCUUCCCAAGUCGCUGCCCUUAUUCCUGUCAUCAACAAGUGGAAGGAUGACCCUGAGAGCCUCAAGGAUCAGACUAACAAGGAGGUUGAGGAUACCCGUGACGACAUCAUCGCCGUUAUUGUUCUUCUCGGCGGUAAGCCCGAUAUUGGCUGUUCUACCAAGAAGAGAGGUCUGCUCGGUGCUAUCGGCGAUGUCAUCAACAAGCUCGCUUGUAUGGCCAAGGACCUCACUGAGAUCUCCGGAGGUAUCAUUGCCGGCAACGUCCCUGCUGUCACAGGCGUCAUUCCUGGUGUCCAGAGCAGCAACAAUGAACUAACCGAGGAAGAGAACGACGACGACGAUGAUGACAAGACAGAGGAAAAGAGUGAAGAGGAGUCCACUAAGCAGGAGGAGUCUACCAAGGAGGAGUCUACCACCCAAGCCCCUACCACCACCGAAGCCCCUACCAGCACGGAGGAAUCUACAACCACCACUGAGGCUACCACCACAGGCGAGUAUCUUCCUUGUGGCUCCGACACUUGCGGUGGCGGCGAUGCCUGCCCUAUGAACGCUGGUCCUCUGAGCGGUGCCCAGAUGGCUGUACAGGCUACCGGACCUAGCGAUUGUGAUGAUAUCCCUACCACUACAACUGAGGGAGAUCUUCCUACUGCACCCGGCAACUUCGGCGGCUUUUCCGUGACUGAUCCUACAGCCCGCCCUGAGUCACAGCCUGUGAGGCGUUCCGAUUCACUUAAGAAGCAUUCCAUCUACGCCGACUCUGGUUCACAGCAUGCUAAGCGGUCUAUCUAUGCCCGCUUCGCCGAUGAUACAAGCCCUAACCCUAACUAUGUGUCGCAAUUGACUCCUGCUUGGGUCAGUCAAGUCGGAGACACGUCCGGGCAAUGGUUCGAUUUCCCCCAGGCAGGCGUCGCUGCCGCUGGUGUCAACGGCAUCUAUGGCUGUACCGCUGUUAUUAUCGUGUCCGAGAGGGGUGUCUAUCUAUCGCACAUUUGGGAAAAUCCCGUUUUUAUCGAUAUCGAUUGGAAUAACACCCCCGACGACCAAUUUGACCGCAACGCCUUCCAAGCCCUCCGUGAUGGUACCGUCAACGCGCAAAGCGUCGUGGGUCUCAUCGGCACCGAUGCUGCCCCUGGGCCCCUGAAUGCCAUUUACUCCCCCAAGGUCUUCGUUCUGACGCCUUUCACAAAUCAAUUCUUCGACCCCACGGGCGUCACAACAACACUCCGUUAUCAAGACCGUGCCCAGGCCUUGGCUAAUAACCUGGCCCGCGUGAUUCCAGGAUCCGGCGGCCAGGGAUACCUGCUAGGCUACACACGUACCAAUCAGGCCCUAUCGACCGCUCAGAACGGUUAUGCUGGGCGUGCGAUUGUGGAGGUUGAUAUGCUCGAGAGGGUACUCACGACCCCUAACGCGCCUCAGGGUAGUCUAGGUCUCGCUGUGGCUCGAUGGAGACUUUGGGUCGAGGAUCAGAUCGUCACCUCGCAGGACUUCUGGAUCCCUGAUUACAAUCUCCGGAAACGUGAGGACAACCCCAACCAAGAGUGUUUGGUCAUCGGAGACUCUACUGCCACUUCUGCCGGACCUACAACAGAAGCUACAUCCGCUGUUGAGACCACUGAGGCCAAGACGGAAGAGACCACCAAGGCCGAGGAGACGACUUCCGCUGUUGAGACUACCAAGGCCGAGGAAACCACCAAGGUUGAGGAGACUACUACAGCUGAAGAGACCACUCCCAAGGAGACCUCAGUUGAGACUACACCAAAUGUACCCACCACAGCCGAUGAGACAACCACCAAGCCCCCAACCACUCUUCGAACCUCUUUCAUCACCACCACCUCGGCCCCCGAUACCACUGCGGCUGCCGAAACCACAACCACGGGAGAUUCUUACACUGGCCCUUACUAUUGUGCCAACAAGGGUGGUCCCAACGUUGCCACUCCUCACUGCCAAUGCUCUACUACCACCGAAGGCCAGUCGUUCUACACCACCGCUCCCCUCAUCUCAGGCCAGUGUCACUACUACCACAGCUACCCUGCCUCGGUCACCCUCGCACCUACUGAAGCUCCCGCUCCUCCUGAGCCCACCCCCUUUACCACUACUAAGGACGACGGUGCCAUUCUGGCCUACCCUGACCAGACCGUUGUGGUUGGCAACUACCCUGGUGGAAGCUACACCCGCGUCGAGGGCUCUGGUGAUGCCUCCACCAUUCGACCUGCAGACCCUGUGGAAACCGAUGCCAACAACAAGGGUGCCGGUCCCUGUAGGUCUAUCGACGAUGCAUGUGACCGCGCCAUUGGUAACUUUAAGGACGACGUCAUCUAUACCGAGUUCGCCUCUUACUACGCGCGAUUCAACAGCGGCAUCCUCGUCGCUCUCACUUUCGGCCAGGCUGGCUGUGUUGUUGAAUUUGACUGUGAUGAUUGGAGUGUAGGUGGUCUGAACGGAAAGCAGAUCAAGGAUGCAUACCAGGGCCUCAAGGACAACAAUGGUGUGAGCAAGUGUGGCUCUGGUUACUACUCCAACACUUGUCGUGUUACUGCCAACUACUGUACCAACUGUAACGAACGUCAUCAAAAGAUUGACUAA